AUGCCUCGGCCCGGCCGCAACACGUACAGCGACCAGAAGCCGCCGUACUCGUAUAUCUCGCUGACCGCCAUGGCCAUCCAGAGCUCGCCCGAAAAGAUGCUGCCCUUGAGCGAGAUCUACAAGUUCAUCAUGGACCGCUUCCCCUACUACCGGGAGAACACGCAGCGCUGGCAGAACAGCCUGCGCCACAACCUUUCCUUCAACGACUGCUUCAUCAAGAUACCGCGGCGGCCGGACCAGCCCGGCAAGGGCAGCUUCUGGGCGCUGCACCCCAGCUGCGGGGACAUGUUCGAGAACGGCAGCUUCCUGAGGCGCCGCAAGCGCUUCAAGGUGCUCAAGUCGGACCACCUGGCGCCCAGCAAGCCCGCUGACGCGGCGCAGUACCUGCAGCAGCAGGCCAAGCUGCGCCUCAGCGCGCUGGCGGCCUCGGGCACGCACCUGCCGCAGAUGCCCGCCGCCGCCUACAACCUGGGCGGCGUGGCGCAGCCGUCGGGCUUCAAGCAUCCCUUCGCCAUCGAGAAUAUCAUCGCGCGCGAGUACAAGAUGCCUGGGGGACUGGCCUUCUCCGCCAUGCAGCCCGUGCCCGCCGCCUACCCGCUCCCCAACCAGUUGACUACCAUGGGCAGCUCGCUGGGUACUGGCUGGCCGCACGUGUACGGUUCGGCGGGCAUGAUCGAUUCGGCCACCCCCAUCUCCAUGGCUAGCGGCGAUUACAGCGCCUACGGCGUGCCCUUGAAGCCUCUGUGCCACGCAGCGGGCCAGACGCUGCCCGCCAUUCCCGUGCCCAUUAAGCCCACGCCGGCCGCAGUGCCCGCGCUGCCCGCGCUGCCCGCGCCCAUCCCCACCCUGCUCUCGAACUCGCCGCCCUCGCUCAGCCCCACGUCCUCUCAAACAGCCACCAGCCAAAGCAGCCCCGCCACUCCCAGCGAAACGCUCACCAGCCCGGCCUCCGCCCUGCACUCAGUGGCGGUGCACUGA